GUACAUGGCAAUUGUGAUACAGAAACACAAUGGAAUUUUCAACAUAAAGCUGACCAUUAUUUCAAUUCGUACAUUGUAGAUUGUUCUUUAGCCUUGAAUCUGUUCAUAGCUGUAGCCUAAACUCGGUAUCAAUUCUGUAAAUACAUGCUCAGCUGACAGUGCGAGAGACGAGAUUAGAUGAGUUGACCACCGACAUAAAGUCAGACUCGUACCGCGUUGUUAUCAUCUUCAGUUUUUUUUUUGUUUUGGUUUCUAAUAAAUGAUCAGUGUUUUUAUGCGAAUUUGCUUGGUAUCGCGCUAUCGAUGUAAAAUUGUGCCGAUAGUAAGACAUAACUGCACCAAGAUGAGUGACAAAUCGAGCACAUUACUGAAUUCAUCAGAUAAUUGGUUCAACAAGUAUGCAGCGGUAGAAGAUGCUCCAUCUGGAAUUUUCAAAGGUCUGUCGGAUCGAUUUAAUGGCAUUACGGUUGAUUCAAACCAGGAAACGUGUGUUCUCAAUGAGUUCGAAUCAAAACUCAACAAAUCCCUACAGCAUUGGGUGGACAGCAAAAAGCGUGGAAUAUGGUUUAAAGUUCAUUUGAAUUCUAGUCAUUGGAUCCCAGAGCUAGUCAAAAAUGAAUUUAAAUUUCACCAUGCCAAAGACAGUUUUGUUAUGAUGUACCGAUGGCUUCCAACAGAUGAAAGCCUGAAUAUACCACCGUACGCGCACACGAUGAUUGGAGUAGGUGCACUUGUAAUAAACAAUCAAAAUCAGAUUCUGGCGGUCAGUGAGAAACAUGCUUUAAUCAAGGGUUCUUGGAAGCUUCCUGGAGGUUACGUUGAACCUGGUGAGAAUCUUGUUGAUGCAGGAAUUCGUGAAGUUCUGGAAGAAACAAGCAUUAAAACGCGAUUUGAAUCUGUCGUAUCGAUACGGCACGCUCAUGGAGCCGGUUUUGGUUGCUCGGACCUCUAUGUUGUGAUGGCCCUUGUACCUGAGAAUAACGAAAUAAAAAAGUGUGACCGGGAAAUUUCCAAGUGCGAAUGGAUGAAUAUUGAAGAUUAUUUGAACCAUCCCAAGGUUCAUGAGACGAAUAGGAACUUUGUUCGCACGUAUCUCCAUUACAAAGAAAAUGGUUUGAAGCUAAUGUGCCGAGACGAGGUUCACCAAGUUUUGAAAAAACGUUACAACAUAUAUUCUGUAGAGUUUGACGAACAUGAUUCUAAACUAUAACGGAUUUAUUGAAUUUAUAGUGCGGGUAGACUAUAUUUUGUUUUGUUAAUACAUUUAUUUUACUCGGGAAAUAGUUUUUGUUUAAUUUGAAU